AUGGGGAAGCGAAGGUUGAUCAUUUUUACUCGGAACACUCAAAGAAAACAUACUCUGACCUUAGCUUUCGUCGUUUCGAAGUUUCGAGGCAAUGACGAAGGAGAAGAAAAAAGGCAGGAGAGGAGCGGAGAAAAGAAGCGGGAGAAAAGUGCGGAAAAAAGUCAGGAAAAGACUCCUGAAAAAACGGACAAAUCACCAGACAAGGGUGCUAGCAAGUCGCCAGACAAGCCGUCCUUGGAGGUGGAAAGAACCAUAAGAACAAGAUCCAUCUUAUCAAAAAUUUCACCCAGUACAUUUUCCUCGCUGGCAAACCAAAUGAUUCCUGGCUUUGGUGCUACGGGCAAAGGUGUGGUGCAAGCACCGGUACCCGUGGAAUCGAAACGGGUACAAAAUGUGAAGAGAUUUUUCUUUCGAGUCAAAGAAAGCAUUGGUUUAGUGGAGAAGACAGAAGUUUCUAAAGCGUUCACCGAUUCUUUGGCUCAUCUUGAUAAGUACAAGUUGUGUCUUGACAUUCUUGCCGAUGCUGUAUCUGGGGCAAUACAGGAGAAUCCCUCAUACCGCAAAGAAGAUUUUAAAAUGGAGUUGAUUCCACCACCAAACGAAGAGGAGAAUGAAAAGGUAGCUAACGCUCUGGAUAAUUCCCCCGGAUUAGAGGACUACAAGAAUCAAAAAGCACAAAUAGAUUCAUUUUUAAAACAAGGCAGAGAACAUCGCGAAUAUAUUCGACGAGCACGACGUUCACUGCAUAACAUACGCACAUUUAUUCAAUAUAACUACUGGGUUAUAGGAGAGCAACGAACAGAAUUAGAUACACUACGAAGAGAUAUGGAUUUCGCAAAGUCCGAACUAAAAGCAGCAAAAGAUGCACAACUGAUCGCUCUCAAGAAUCAGAUCUAUCAAGUAGCAGUGAAUGCAUUCGAAGAAAAGCUAAAGAAGGUGACAGGGCUGCUCGAUGAGCUUCCACGGCAUAAGGAAUCUCAUAUAGCAGAUCUUGUAGAAUGGGCAAAUUGCACAAAACUAUACCAUGAGCGAAUGGCACACAUUCUGGAGGAGUACGAAAAGAGCUAA